UUUUAUAGGAAACGUCUGCAGUGAUUUUAACUAUGACAAGUCUCCCAGUUUGGGUGUUCUUGCUUCUCACCUGCAACUUUUCUGCUUUUGCAGCCCCAGUGAAUCCACAGAUCAAUGAUGUUGACAUGGAUUUUGUGAAGAAUUAUUUAAAGAAUUUCUACCAAUCCAAGGAUGAGAAAAGCCCUAAGAUCCGUAUGGAUGAUGAUGAAAUCUUGACUAAAAAUCUCAAAAAAAUGCAAGAAUUUUUUCACCUGAACGUGACUGGAAAGGCUGACCUGGAAACUUUGGUGAUGAUGAAGAAGCCCAGAUGUGGUGUACCUGACUUGGGGUCAUUUGUUCUUACAUCAGGGAAUCCUAAAUGGCAGAAAACAGAUAUUACCUACAGGAUUGUAAGCUACACUUCAGAUAUGCAUCCAUCUGAUACAGAUGAAGCCAUCAGAAAAGCAUUUGAUGUCUGGAGCAAUGUGUCACCUCUGACUUUCAAAAGAAUGUAUGAUGGUGAAGCGGAUAUCAUGAUCUCUUUCGAAACCAGAGACCAUGGUGAUAAUUCUCCUUUCGAUGGUCCUGAUGGAAUACUAGCACAUGCUUUUGAGCCAGGGAAACGCAUUGGUGGAGACGCCCAUUUUGAUAAAGAAGAAUUGUGGACAAAAGAAGGCUCAAGAGGCCGCAACCUAUUUCUUGUUGCUGCUCAUGAGUUUGGCCAUUCACUGGGUCUGUCUCAUUCCACGGAUCCUGGGGCCUUGAUGUAUCCCACCUACUCCUACACAGAGCCAAGAUCAUUUCACCUUCCGCAGGAUGAUAUCAAUGGUAUUCAAGCCAUCUAUGGAAAAUCAGAUAGCCCAAUACAACCAACUGGACCCACUACACCCAAUGCGUGUUCUGCUAAGACUUCUUUUGAUGCUGUUACCACCAUGCGUGGAGAAAUGUUUUUCUUUAAGGACCGGUAUUUUUGGCGUAAGCACCCUCAGGAGUCAUCUGUGGAUAUGCAUUUCAUCUCUCUUUUCUGGCCUACUCUGCCCUCCAGUAUAGAUGCUGCUUAUGAGAACUUUGAAAAAGAUCAAAUGUUCAUUUUUAAAGGAAACAAAUAUUGGGCUCUAAAUGCAUAUGAUGUAACUAUCCAGGCUCAAAGUAUUUACAGUCUGGGAUUACCAAAAAAUGUGAAAAAAAUUGAUGCUGUAUUUAGUGAUCCAGAAGCUGGGAAGACCUAUUUCUUCAUUGGGAACAAGUACUGGAGAUAUAAUGAAAUUGAACAAAGCAUGGAAAAAGGAUACCCUAGAAAUAUAGUCCAAGAUUUUAAAGGAGUUAAACCCAGAAUUGAUGCUGCUUUAUACAACAAUGGGCAUAUCUAUUUCUUCCGAGGAAUUAGAGUGUAUCAGUUUGACCCUGAGAGCAGAAGAAUUGUUCACCCCAUUCAAAGGAGCAAUUAUUGGCUGAAUUGUUAAAGCAUUUACAGUAAUCAAUGCUACCUAUUAAUUAUACCUAAUUCUGAUGUACAGACAACAGACUUCAACAAGCUUGAUUGAGAACGCACUAAUAACCUGUGGCUUUGUUUUUCAUCUAAAUGUAAAGCAAGUUCAGCUGAAUAAUUCCAUUAAAGU